AUGUCUGCGUACUGCAGGGCCCCCUGCCUCCCCACGCUGGACGUGGAGUGUGAACAAAACUUAGCUUUACUCGUGGUUCAGUUUCAGGGUCUCGCCGGCAGCCCCGGCCGGCGGGCGCGCAGCGGGCGGCGGGGCCCGGGCGGCUGGGCUCGGGGCCCCCGGAGCAGGCAGGCGGCGUCCGGGAGUCCCCGGAGGAGGAUGGGCUGCGGACACAGCCGGCCGAGCUGCUGCAAAGCCCCCAAAAAGAGGCGCCGCAAACCAGAUCAGCUACCCAGACCACAGCCACAGGAACUAGGUCCCCUCAAUGGGGACACAGCCACAACUGUCCAGCUGUGCGCAUCUGAGGAGGCUGAGCGGUGCCAGAAGGAUAUAACCAGAAUUCUCCAGCAACACGAAGAGGACAGGAAGAAAUGGGCACAACAGGUGGAGAAGGAGAGGGAGCUGGAGCUUCGAGAGAAACUAGGUGAACAGCAAAGAGCCCUGGAGAGAGAGCAUGAGGAGGCACUGCAAGUCCUCCGGGCCUCACACGAGCAGGAGAAGGAAGCCCUCACCCACUCCUUCCAGGAGGCCAAGGCAACCCUGCAGGAGACCAUUGAUGGACUGUCCUCACAGCUGGAGGUCUUCCAGGCCAAGAUGAAGAGGGUAGAAGAGUCCAUUCUGAGCCGAGACUAUAAGAAGCACAUCCAGGAUUACGGAAGCCCCAACCAGUUCUGGGAGCAGGAACUGGAGAGCUUACACUUUGUCAUCGAGAUGAAGAACGAGCGUAUCCAUGAGCUGGACAAGCGGCUGAUCCUCAUGGAAACAGUGAAAGAAAAAAAUCUGAUGUUGGAGGAAAAAAUCACCACUUUGCAGCAGGAGAAUGAGGAGCUCCAUGUCCGGGGCCGCAACCAGAUGGUUAUGUCAAGGCAGCUCUCGGAGGACCUGCUUCUCGCCCGCGAGGCCCUGGAGAAGGAGUGCCAGUUGCGGCGACAGCUCCAGCAGGAGAAGGAGGAGCUGCUGUACCGGGUCCUCGGGGCCGAUGCCUCCCCCGCCUUCCCUCUGGCCUCAGUCACCCCCACCGAGGUCUCCUUCCUCGCCAGCUAG